AUGAAGAAUUGUUCAACGCCUCGUGGUUCUGUCACGGGGCGUUCAUAUGUGCAGCGUGAUAGAGAAGAAUGUCAUGACCGAAUGAUGAAAGAUUAUUUCAUCGAGCGUUCGAGAUUUCCUGCUCAUGAUUUUCGAAGGCGGUUUCGGAUGAGGAAAAGUACCGCUAUUGAGAACCUGAAACUCUUCUGUAAGGCAAUUGAAGGCAUAUAUGGAGCCACUUACCUCCGCAAGCCAAAUCGUGAAGACUUGAAGAGGCUUCUACGCAAGGCAGACAAAAGAGGCUUCCCUGGAAUGAUAGGAAGUCUCGAUUGUAUGCAUUGGGAAUGGAAGAAUUGCCCUAUUGGUUGGGCUGGCCAAUUUAAGGGCCGUCAUAACAAGCCAACCAUCGUGCUCGAGGUUGUGGCAUCUUACGACGCAUGGAUUUGGCAUGCUUUCUUCGGCGCUCCUGACACGCCACGACCUUGA